AUGGACCUCUUUGGCGAAUCCAACGCCUCGUCCAGUGCUAAGCUCGACAUUCGGACACGACCUGAAGAAUCGCUCAACCAUUUCACUAUCAACAAAGACUUUGCCGAGCGCUACCUACACAACAAGCAGCGAGCUGAGCUUCAUCAGCUCGAAGCCAAGUACGGCAAAGAUGCACUCGAAUCCGGCGACGAGGAUUCCGAAACCGACUCUGAGAGCGAUGUGACCGAGGACGAAGACGGUGACCAGGUCAACGCCAAUGUCGACGCUGCCAUCUUUCGCACGCUCCAACGCAUUCGAAACAAGGACGCUGCCCUAUACGAUUCCAAGACGGACAUUUUUGCACAGGAAGCAGAAGCUGCUGAACGAGCUGCUCGUCUCUCUGGCUCGUCUUCUGCAGGCCCCAAGAAGGCAGGAACCACCAAGAAGGACAAGAAGGUGACUUUGCAGGACUAUCAGCGACAGAGGGUGCAGGAGCUGAUCGAGACCUCAGAUAAUCCAGCUGAAGCGUUGGCGGAUGCGACCACCAGCGAUCGCGCCAAGGGCAUCUACAAUGACCAGGAGGGUGAGGCGAUGCCGUUUGCACAGGAGCAGGAGGCGUUGCGCAAAGAAGUAUCGCACGCUUUCCACGCUGGCAUCGACGAUGCGGAUGAUCUGUUCGUCAAGAGGUCCGAAGCACAGAACGGCGAUGGAUCUUCAUCAUAUCGUGACGCAGUGAUUGCGUCGCUCGGACCAAACGCCGAUGAAGAGACCAUCAGACAAGCGAUCCGACGGGACCAGCCCGGCCAAGUGUCUGCUUCCACAUCCGUCCUUGUCGCCGACGACGCGAAUGACGACAAGAAGAACGAGGAUUUCCUGCUCAACUACAUCCUCAACCGUGGCUGGAUCGACAAGUCUGCCGAAGACGCGCGACCCGUCAAACCUCGUCUUACCAAGGCAGCCUUGAAAAGCAAAGAUGCCGCAGAGUACGGCGAUUCUGCGGAGGGAGAGAAGUCGGCGAAUGGUGGAGAGCAGUCGUACGGCCGCGACUGGGAAGCGGAAGCAGCCGAGCUGGAAUCCGAAGCAUCCUUCGAUUCCAUGGCAGACGCCUUCGAAACCGCCUACAACUUCCGCUUCGAACAGGGACCCGAAUCCCUCACCAUCCCCACCUACUCUCGUACUCCCAAAGAGUCUGCACGUCGCGAGGACAACACGCGCAAACGCAAGCGAGAGGAGCGUACAGCACGCAAAGACGAAGAGAAGCGACUCAAGAUGCAGGAGCUUUCCCGACUCAAGAAUUUGAAGAGGCAGGAGAUCGUCGACAAGCUCAAAAAGCUGCGAGAGGUCACUGGUUCGAGCGCUGUCGAUCUCGACGGUCUGGAUUUGGAGGGAGACUUCGACCCCGACUCCCACGACAAGGCCAUGCAAAAGGCAUUCGGCGACCAAUACUACGACGGAGAGGAUGACGAUGAGAAACCGAGCUGGGAUGACGACAUCAACAUCGACGAUAUCAUCAAGGAUCACGAGGCUGCCACAGCAUCCUCUGGGAAGAAGGGCAAGAAGGCCAAGCAAAGCCAUGCAGAUGACGAGGACAGGAUCGAAAUGGAUGCCGAUUUCAUGGAAGAUGGCGGGGAGGCUGCGGAUGGAGGCGCAGCCGGAUCCAAGGAGGCCGCCUUGCGUGCUCGUCUUGCCGACAAGAAGUUGAGCAAGAAGGACCGCAAGAAGCUCAAGAAGAAGCUCAAGGCGGCUCUGUCCAAAACGUCCAAUAAUGCCGACGGUGGAGACGACUCGGACUCUGAUGCCGAAGCCGACGCUGACGGAGUCGACGUCUCAGCCAUGGACGCCGACAACCUCCCCGCCGUAACCGCCUCUGAUCCCACCGACAAGAAAACCGUGGCGAAAGAGAUGAUCGACUCGUACUACAACCUCGACUACGAAGACAUGAUCGGAGACCUUCCCACUCGCUUCAAAUACACCCAGGUCGCACCCGCCGACUACGGCAUGUCCGCCGUCGAUAUCCUGCUGGCCGACGACGAACAGUUGAACAACGUGGUCGGCCUGAAGAAUCUUCAACCGUACAGGAGGGGUAAGAACCGUCCCAUGGAUCUGGGCAAGAAGCUGGGUCAAUUCAGGAAGGAUGUGUACGGCAAUACGUCCAAGACGGCGGAUGGACAGGAUAAGCCGGUCAAGAAGAGGAUGGGCAAGAAGGAGAGGAAUCGGCUCAAGGCUGCUGAAGCAGGAGCUGAGAAGAAGGACUGA